GCGCUUUUUAAGUCUUAGGUUAUGUCCGUUUUGUUGUGAUUUUAUAAAAACAAAAAAUAAUGGAAAGAACGGCUCCGAUGGAGAGAAUCCAGGUCCUGGACUCAAUUGAAAAGGACAUUAUAACAUGUUUACACAGUGCAGGACAAGUGAUGGCAGAGCUAAGCAAAGAAAAAUCGAGUCUUAAACAAGCUGAAAAUCAUACACAAAUGUUUCUGAAAACUCUGGGUGCAGUGGAAAGUAAGCUUACAGACCAAAUUAACUACCUAACUCAAGUUUCGACGGGUCAGCCUCACGAAGGUUCAGGUUAUGCUUCACAAAAGGUUUUGCAGAUGGCUUGGCAUAGAUUAGAGCACGCUAGAUCAAGGGUUAAUGAGUUAGAUAGGAUUAAAGUUCGUCAUGUACAAGGAAGAACAGCGGGAAGAUCUCAACAAUCAAACGGUAGUCAGGUUUCAACAGGAUCAGGUGGAAAUGUGGCAACUGGUCAGGGAACUUAGUUCUAAGGUUUUAAAUAUUUAUAUUUACUAAUGUACAGGGUGUUAUAGUUUACAUUUGGAUAAAAAAUACAACAGAUUAUGCACAUUUUUUAAUCUGGGAAUAAUAUUUAAAAAGUAUUAUAACUUGAUCAAGGUAAAAAU